UUAAAUAGACAAAGUUUUGCAUCAACAUGUAUGCUAUGUCACUAUAGACACUAAAAAAAACAGAGGAAGUCAAAUAGCAACGAUGAAUAAACUGGAAAAAACCAAAGGAAAAAAAAAAAAAUCACAGCACCCUCAACUAGUACCGCUGCGCUAUUCUCUAUUCUCUAUAUAUAGAUAUUUCUAAUCUUUCUAUGCAACAAAACAUAACAACCUUAAUAAAAGUAGAGUCACAAAAUAUGUCUCCCUUAGUUUUUCUAUCCUCCUUCCUUCUACUCCUCACCACCCAAGUCACCGCGGUGACUUACUCAGUCACCAACUCCGCCGCCAAUACUCCAGGUGGCACCCGAUUCAACAAUGAAGUCGGGACUGCCUACGCCCACCAAACACUCUCUGCUGCCACGAACUUCAUUUGGAAAACCUUCCACCAAACCGACCCGGCUUGCCGCAAGAGUAACAUCCAACAGGUGAGACUUAUAGUGGAAAGUAUGCAAGAUUACGCAGCUUACACAGUCAACGACCAAAUCCACCUGAAUGCAAACUACGUCCAAAGCUACUCAGGCAACGUCAAAACCGAAGUCACGGGUGUCUUAAUCCACGAAAUGGCCCAUGUGUGGCAAUGGAACGGCAAUGGGCAGGCACCCGGAGGGUUGAUUGAGGGGAUCGCGGAUUAUGUUAGGCUUAAGGCCGGUUAUGCACCGUCUCAUUGGAUUAAACCCGGUCAAGGUGAUAGAUGGGAUCAGGGUUAUGAUGUUACAGCCAGAUUCUUAGACUAUUGUAACAGUUUAAGAGAUGGGUUUGUGGCUGAGCUUAAUAAGAAGAUGAGGGGUGGAUAUAGUGAUGCUUAUUUCACUGAUUUGUUGGGCAAAUCUGUUAAUCAAUUGUGGAAUGAUUACAAGGCCAGGUUCAACAGCUAAAUCAUGAAUUAUGAUGUACUACCUUCGUUAUUUUUUAGUUGCAACAAAGGAAUUUAUUAUGUCUUGCAAAUAGUACCCUUUAUUGCAAUAAAAUUAACAGAGGUAGUAUGUAAAAUAUUACAUACGUACUCAUAUCUAUAUGUAUGAAAGCAAAAGAAUAAGCAAAGUUUGUAAUAAAGUGUUGUAUCAAAUAAUAAUACAUCCAUUCUAUAUUUGUAACAUUUUCA